UUGGAUACUUUGGUUAAACGUUAUCCUUUGUGCGUAAAGCGUGCGUAAAGGCGCACUUUUUAGUACUUUUUGUCCACGUUAAUAAAGUUUUCUUGACUUUUUUGAAAUAAACUUGUUUUGUUUAUUUCUUCAAAGACUUUAGAACAUGGAGAACUUGGAAAACUCCACGCCAUCACUCAAGCGCGUGACCCCUCAGACCCAAAGCACCGCGGGAUCCCAGGCAGCCAACGCGGAUGGAAACGCAUACCUCUACAUUUUAAUCGUCAUGAGUUUUUAUGCCGUCUUUCUGUGCGGCAUCAUGCUAGGUUACUUCCGCUCAAAGAGAAGGGAGAAAAGGAGGGUCAACAUCUUCACGCGCCUCGUGCACGAGGAGCAGCAGAGGGAGUGGGGCACGCUGCCCAAAAAGCACAGCCUCACCUUCGCGGCCACAGCCGCGGGGCUGUCCCUCCCCUUCUGCGGUAACCAUGGCAACCACUUCGGACUCCGCCGCCACGAGGGCUCGUCGGCAUCUGCGCUGGCGUGCGCGCUGUGCGCGGAGCAGAGCAGCAUCAGCUCGCUGUGCUCCUCCGCGGAAACGCGCAUCGCCAUCGAGGAGGAGUCGGACGGGGAGCACCCCAAGGGCGGAUCGGAGCACAGCGACUCCGGCUGAUCCUGACGCCCGGAUGAUGACGGGAAACCAGCGCAAACAUGACUGGAGGAGGGAGGACAGACAUGCAGCCCCGUGUCUGCGUAAAAAUCAUCUGUAUAAACCUGAAAAUGAAAGUGGUGGAACCACAACUGAUGUGAAUCAUGUCAGAUCUUCACUUUGCAUCAGUAAGAAAGAUGUCUGCAUGCGUUGUUUGCUGCUCUUUAUAGUUAUUUUAUAGUUUAACUUAUUUCAGACUAAAGGCAGCAUAAAAACCACACAUCACAUUUUAGGUUUUAACUUGUAAAUAUUAGAAGAAUCUUUUGUUUUUAGAGCAAUCCAUUUAUCCUGACAUAAUGUAGUGAUACGCAUGAGUUUGCUUAUUUUUGUGGUGACCCCUCCCUCCCUGCCCGCCCGCCUGCCUGCCUGCCCGAGCCCCCUCCUGCAUGGCUGCUUUGGCCUGAUGACUCAUCCUGCAGGGGACUCAUCAUAAAAUUGGCUGCUUGAGCUUUCUACUCUCUGAACCCGCUCUCACUCCAACCGUACCUGGAACCCACUUGAAACCUUGUCUGUAGAGCAUCUUGUUGCAGCUUCACGAUGGAUGCUCACUUGAUGACAGAGAUGAUGCACUGUAGGCGAAACCUUUGUGUGUUUGCCACCAUGCCAUGUUUGAUUUUAAGUUACAGAAAAACAAUAAAAACAGCUAUCAAGCUUCCCUGA